AUGAAAAACAUAGAUUCCAUCAAAGGUUGCAGAAUAGAUGAAAACCACUUCGACUUAGAAAAAUAUAGCACGUUUUACUGCAAACAAGAUGUAAGAAUUUUAAGAGAAGGUUUUGUAAAGUUCCGCAAUGACUUAUUGAAAGAGUUUGAUUUAAACGUUUAUGACUACGUUAGUAUUUGUUCUAUUGCUAACAAAUUGUUUGAGAACAGAGUAUACUUCCCGAAUGGAAAUCUUUAUGACCUCUCAAAUAAACCAAGAGAAUUUAUUUCGAGAUGCAUUCAAGGUGGAAGAUGUAUGUUGUCAGAUAACAUGAAACAAAAGAGCAAAAAGAAACUCAUUGCUGACUUCGACACUGUUUCAUUAUAUCCUUCAGCUAUAGCAAGACUUUAUACUUUAGAAGGUAUUCCAAAAGUAUUGAAGGAAGAAAUGUUAAGCACAGAGUAUCUCAUGAGACAUUUAUUCGAUGAUGACCAAAAGGAACCCAUUGGUGAAAAGUUUAUGUCUGGCUUCUUUGUUCUCAUUAAGAUAACAGAGAUUGGUAUACCCAGACACUUUCAUUUAAUAGUUUGCGACCCUGAACUAAAUCCAGAACUUAACGUUCCAAGAAGUUCAAACACUUGCUGUCUCAUGUAUGUUGACCAUAUAACAUUACAAGACCUCAUAAAAUAUCAAUGUGUCAAAUGUGAAGUGUUGCAAGGAUACUAUUACGAUGGAAACAGAGAUAUGAGAAUAAGAGAUGAAGUAAAGAAGUUGUUUGAGUUAAGGUUAAAGUAUAAGAAAGAAGGAAACCCCUUACAAGAAAUUAUAAAACUCAUUCUGAACAGCAUUUAUGGCAAAACUAUUCUAUCUCCUAUUGAGUCAAAAAUAACCAUAGUAAAUGACAAAGAUGCUAUAAGAUAUGCUAUAAGAAAUUACAACCAUAUAGUGAAGUUCGAAGGUUUGGAUGGUUCAGAUAA